AUGGAUUCUCUGAAAGAAUUWCUUAUCCCAAAACGAUUCAGCGUGUAUGGAUACAUCGUUGCUGUAUUCACUGUACUAGCUGGAGGGAUUACUACCUUURUAACCGGAAUUAAAGCAUCUGAAAUAGAGCAAUUUCAAUGUGACAGCCAUGGUAUUCCAGCGGACAAGGRCUUUUUGACUACGAAGUGUUUCAAUCAAUACAGACAAGUACACAAUGCCUCUCUGCCGCUUUAUGGAUUUGUAUUUAUAACGUUUGCUAGUUUAGUUCUAAUUUGUAUUAUCUAUUCUUGGUGUUGUGUGAAAUCUAGAGUGGAACAAAUCCAACAGGAAUGUUUAGAAAAUCAAGACAACCCUCGACCUGCUACAGUCAGAACUCGCCUAAUUUUCAUGUCAUAUUUGCUCCAGCUACUAGUACGCUUUGGAUUUGGUGUUUUCUUUGCACUAUUACAGUUAACAGGACUUUACGCUUCAAAUUUUCCACCGCAGUUUCAGUGCAAAUCGAAUUCAAAAGGAACAAAUUUUAACGCAUCGUCAUCUAUCAUAACCUGUCAGAACUCAUUUGCCGAAGAAAAAACACUUUGGGCAAAGGUCAUUUGGAUUUUGCACAUAGUCUUUGCAUGUCUUGUAUUAUUUGAAGUGUUUUAUCUUUUGACAAGAGCUUGCCAUGACAAGGGUUUCAUGAGAGACUCGGAAUUUUGCCAAAGUCACCUUUACAACAAUAGAAGAGUUUCUUUAUCACAAAGGGACUUCAGUCUAUUAAUGUCGGGAAUAUUGGAGCAGACAAAGUAUCUCGAACUCCUAAUGCCUGAAGAUCCAUCUGAAGAUGACAAUAGGAGAGCAAUAGACGAUGUUUAUGUGGAACUUGUUAUACUUUCUGGUCGAGUCACUCAUGACUUCGACAUGGCUAAGAAAAGACACGAACUCUUGAACGUUUAUCUCAAACCACCUACAGCUUCGGUUCAAAUAAAUAACAUCAGAGAGCUUUUUGUUUCUGAAACACAACCUUAUCGUAAUAUUCUUAUUAUUGGCCGACCUGGAAUCGGGAAAACUUCUCUUUGUACUAAAAUCAUUCGCGAUUGGUGCAAAGACAAAAUGAAUCAAUUCAAGUUUGUUUUCCUCUUUAGGUUUCGCCAUUUGAAUUCAGAGCGAUUUGACAAAAUAUCGCUCAUGCGAUUUCUCAAUGAAGCAGARCACUCCAUGAAUAUAGACUYAGCUACGUUACAAAAUAUUACUGACGAAACUCAAUCUAUUUUGUUUAUCUUUGAUGGCUUCGAUGAGUUUAAGCAUCGUAAGAACUUAAUGAAAGACCAAUCAGAAUUCAGCGGCUUAAAUGGAUUGAGCGAUGAAAUGCCUGUAACCGCUCUUUAUUCGAAGCUUCUGCAGAAGAAGCUACUCCCGGGUGCCACAAUCUUGACAACUUCCAGACCAAAUGCUGUGGACACUCUGAAAACCCUAAAGGUACAAUUUGACAGAGUAGCUGAAAUUUUGGGUUUUACUCCAGAAAAAGUUAGAUCAUAUGUUCACAAAUUUUGCAAUAACAAUGAAGAUACAGCAAGAAAGAUUUGGCAACACAUAGAAAGCAAUGUCAAUCUUUUGUAUCUGUGUUACAUUCCCGUAACUUGUUGGAUUGUCUGUUCUUUGUUGCAUAAUUUCAUUGAAAAACAUAACAGUAUGGAUACAUUGGCUCUACCCACCACCCUUUCUGAUAUUUACAAAGGAGCAUUAAGGCUAUUUUUGUUUAACCACAAUCCAGAAUAUCAACAGCAAGCUUCUUUUAAUGAUUACACGAAUGAUACAUUUUCGAGUACAAUUGAGGAAGCACUGUCAAAACUAGGAAAACUAGCAAGAAAAGGUAUUGAGGAGAAACGACUGGUCUUUGAAGAAGAAGAGGUUCAAGGAUUGGAAAACUGUGGUUUACUCAACUGUAUGCCAAGUAACGAAAAUCCUGCAUUUGGAUUUGCACGGGCUUCACAAUAUUGUUUUAUUCAUUUGACUCUUCAAGAGUUUCUUGCUGCCAGAGAAAUUGCAAAGGUAGAUGACCUCAAUGAAGUGUUUCAGUUAACAAAGAAUAAAGCAGCUGAUGCCAACUGGCAUCUUGUCUUACAGUUUAUUGCAGGAUUACUGCAAAAACACGCUUUUGAAGUUUCAAAGUUUUUCGAAGGGAUUCUUUGCCAUGCUUUGACCGAGACAUAUGACCGACAAUUAAGUUUACUAAUGCUCAAAUGUAUUUACGAACUAAACAAUGAAGAAGCUGCUGUGAGAACUGCUGCAAAACUGGAAUCUUGUAAGGAAUUCGGCGGUUCCAUAGAUUUUCAUGAAAUGGAUGUGACACCCCCUGAUUGCACAGCAAUUGUGUAUGUUUUGAGGCAUUGUGUGACUCAUCUAGAAUCACUUGACAUUUCUCAUAAUAAUUUUGGUGAUCAAGGUUGCUCAGAACUUAUUAAGAUUUUUACCAGAGACGCAAGUAAUGCAAGCAGGAAUUAUUCAUCUCAAGACUGUCAUCUUAACAAGAUGGACUUGACCGGGAACAAAAUAACUGAUCAAGGUGUGUUGCAGCUCUGUGAUGCACUCAAACGCCACAAUUGCCAUCUCACCCAGUUGGGCUUGUCCUCGAAUGAAAUAASCGACAAAGGCUUAUUACAACUGAGUGUUGCAUUCAAAAGUGAAAACUGCCACAUCACCCAUUUGGACCUGCUCAAUAACGACAUAAGCGAUCAAGGCGUAUUAUACUUAAGCGAUGCACUCGAAAGUGAAAACUGUCAUCUCACUCAUCUGAACUUGCUCAGUAAUCAAAUAACAGAUCGAGGUGUCUUUCACAUAUGUCAAGCACUUAAAAGUGACAACUGUCUUCUAAGUCGGCUGGACGUCUUCCUAAUUGAAGUCACUGACCAAGGUAUCCUCCUCCUUAGUGAUGCAAUCCAAUGCGAGAACUGUCAUCUCACCCAGUUGACCUUGAUCUAUAAUAAAAUAUCAGAUCAAGGUGUAUUSCACCUCAGUAAAGCACUCAAAUCUGAAAAUUGUCACCUCACCAAUUUGAACUUAUCCAGUAAUAGCAUAACUGAUCAAGGUCUACUGCACUUGAGUGAUGCACUCAAAUGUAAAAACUGUCAUCUCACGAUGAUGACUUUGUCUUACAAUAAAAUAACUGAUCAAGGUGUAGCACACUUGAGUGAUGCACUCAAAAAUGAAAACUGCCAUCUCAUCCAGUUGGACCUGUCUUUUAAUGAAGUARCAGAUCAAGGUUUAUUGCAAUUGAGCGAUGCACUCAAAUGUGAAAUGUGUGAUCUCACCGACUUGAACUUGAUGGAUAAUCAACUUACUGAUCAAUGUGUAUUUUAUUUGGAGGAUGCACUCAAGUCUAGUACCUGUCACCUGAGGCAAUUUAAUUUGUCCAGGAACCAAUUGACUGAUGAAGGAGUGGCACUUCUAAAGGCUGCAACCGAGUGUAAAGACUGCCUACUAAUCACUUAGCACUCAGUGCAAAAGUAAAAUGGAACUCUACACUCUGAAGUCUCUACAGCUUGUACAGUACUACUAUAUCUGAAAACACAUAAAUGGUGCUUUUAAAGCUAAGCCUUAAUAAUCGAUAAAAAAUUGGUCAUGAAUCAUAUUGAAUUAGUAUUAUUAAAUUAAAGAUUUAUAAAUUUUUAAUUAAAAUCAGCGAAAAUUCUAGUCAGGACUUUUUGAGUUAAAUGUUAAGUCAAGUAUGAAGCUAUCUUUGCUAGGUGAAUUUACUAAAAAUGUCAUUCCAGUGGAAGCAGUAUAUUUUGUAUUUUCGGCAUAAUUAGUUGAAUUUGUAAGGCAAGACUUACGAUAAAUAAAUAUGAAUAUUUUCAUCCUGA